ACCAAACCGCGCUACUCAACGUCGUACGCUCCUAUGCCCUUGAACAACUGAGUACCAGUUAGUCAGUCGGAUAUUAAUUCCCUGUCACAGUUUUUCAACAUUUUAUUGGGGUGACAGAUAACAAAAAAAUUGUGGUAAAUCUUCUUGGAAGAAAUCUGUUACUUCUGAUUGUAUGAAAGAUGAAUCCUGCUGAGUCUUUACCGCCUGGUUGGGAAAUGCGAUUCGAUCCGAGAACAGGAAGAUGGUAUUUCGUAGAUCAUAACACCAGGUCUACACAAUGGGAACAUCCUGUAACAAAUAAGGCGUAUUCACCUCAACCAACUAGAAAUGUUAAUAUCAAUAAUAAUAAUAACAAUAACAAUAAUAAUAAUAGUAAUGGAGAACAAGACUGUGAACAGCAGGUAACCAAUGCAAAAAUUUCUAACUGCGAAAGUAUAAUCACUGAUGUUAUUUCAAAGGCACGUGCUCUACAACCAGAAAUAAAUCGUUUUGAAGGUUCACCUCAGAGUAAAGAGUACCGAUGUCUUAUGGAGAGUAUGGAACAAAUGAUAUUAAAUCUGGAUGCAUUAAACAUGGAUGGAAAUGAAGACUAUAGGUCAAUGCGACGGGAUGCUGUCAAAGAAAUCCAACAGUUAAUAGAAAUGUUAGAUUAUCGUUCACAGAUUUCUUCUACUCAAAAUGGUCAACAACAAGAAGAAAAAGAACAACAACAAGAACAAUCAUAGAUGGUAAUCUCCUCCGUCUCAUCUUCCCUACACUCUGUGUAUCUUUAAACCUGGCUAUACUUACUUUACCCCUUAUAUUGCUGAGUAAAUAAAGUUAACUGUGUGGUGCACAUAUGUGUUUAUAUACACACAUACGUCCACGGUAUAUUGCAUCAGUUCUUCUGCUUACUACUCGCUUACGAUGCGUUUUCAGGUGUUUUUUGUCUUAUCGUAUUUCAGUUCGAUUUUCUGUUGAAAUUACCGGCUUACAACUUUCGUGUAAACCAUAUCACACCUUUCAGAUCUCAGCAAUAGAAGAUAGAGAUAUACACAUAAGCGCAUGCAUGUAGUUACUUGUGAAUAGACCACACAUAUACACAUUGUUGCAGUAAAAGACCACUACUGGGAUUAACUAACUACUUUCGAAUGCCCUGAUUUCUCUUCGAUUUCAUUUCUUUUACAACUGACCCUCUAUCUCUCUCUCUUUUCUUCUCUCUCCAUCCUACGAAAUUUUUGAAAUUUAUUAUUUUUUCAAUAUAAUCUCCCCUUUGAAAAUAUGGCGUCGUAGUAGUGGUAUUUUGUUUUGCUGUGUCUUUCAGAAUUUUUUUGUUGUUAACAUAUUGUAAAGAGACAGAUCAAAUGAAUUCCAAACGACCUUUUUAUCAAGUUUACAUUUUAAUCAGUUUGUGUACCAAUGUAUAUUCUCCCGUGUUCCCCACCCCACCACCACCUCACUUUGUCUCGCGUUUUUGCUACAGUAUUACUUUAUCAUUCAUUGCCAUGACAAGUUUCUCAAUUCUUAAAUGGCUGACGUAUGUGUAUGUACAUGCGCGUGUGUUUGUUUGUUUGUUGAAAUGUCCAGAAUUUCUCAGGACAAUCUCAUAUCCACUGGUGGGGUUAUUACCCCUGAGUCCUUCUUCUUCUUUUUCCUUUACCUUGAAAGGAUUAAUUGACACUGUGUAAUAAAUAAUUCCCUUCUCCGCCUUUCUGUCAUGUUGUAUUCUUUUUCU